AUGUCAACAGCUGCUCUUGAUGGCUUUCAGCUCUAUGAUUUCACCUUGAUUUCACUGUUAGUGUCUUUCUCUUUGCAGCCUCCUCUGGUCCAAGCCAUCUUCAACCGCGAUAUAGAGGAGGUGCGGUCGUUGCUGAACCAGAAAGAGAAUAUCAAUAUAUUGGACCAAGAACGACGAACCCCACUGCAUGCUGCUGCCUACUUAGGAGAUGUCCCAAUCAUUGAGCUCCUAAUACUGUCAGGUGCUAACGUAAAUGCAAAGGACACUGUUUGGCUAACCCCGCUGCAUCGCGCCGCAGCUUCUCGCAAUGAGAAGGCACUUAACCUCCUCCUGAAGCACUCGGCGGACGUCAACGCCCGCGAUAAGUACUGGCAAACGCCGCUCCACGUCGCCGCUGCCAAGUGCGCCACCAAGUGCGCAGAGGCCAUCAUCCCCCUGCUGAGCAGUGUGAACGUGGCAGAUCGCACGGGCCGCACGGCGCUGCACCACGCCGUGCACAGCGGCCACAUCGAGAUAGUGAACUUGCUCUUAAACAAGGGGGCCAGCCUGAGCACGUGUGACAAGAAGGAGCGUCAGCCCAUCCACUGGGCAGCCUUCCUAGGGCAUUUGGAAGUUCUGAAGCUGCUGGUGGCCCGGGGAGCUGACGUCAUGUGCAAGGAUAAGAAGGGUUACACCUUGCUCCACACCGCGGCAGCCAGUGGCCAGGUCGAGGUUGUGAAACACCUGCUGAGGCUGGGAGUCGAGAUCGAUGAACCCAAUUGCCUUGGGAACACUGCACUUCACAUCGCCUGUUACAUGGGCCAGGACGCCGUGGCCAAUGAGCUGGUCAACUACGGCGCCAACGUCAAUCAGCCCAACGAGAAGGGCUUCACCCCUCUGCACUUUGCUGCCGUCUCCACCAACGGGGCCCUUUGCCUGGAGCUCCUUGUGAACAAUGGAGCCGACGUGAACUUUCAGAGUAAGGAAGGGAAGAGCCCUUUGCAUAUGGCUGCCAUUCACGGACGGUUUACGCGGUCUCAGAUCCUCAUACAGAACGGCAGCGAGAUAGACUGUGCUGACAAAUAUGGCAAUACCCCCCUCCAUGUUGCUGCUAGAUACGGCCACGAGCUGCUAAUUAGUACUUUGAUGACGAAUGGUGCUGACACUGCAAGGCGUGGAAUCCACGACAUGUUCCCUCUGCACUUAGCUGUUCUCUUUGGAUUUUCAGACUGUUGUCGUAAGCUACUUUCCUCAGGUCAGCUGUACAGCAUCGUCUCCUCACUGAGCAACGAGCACGUGCUGUCCGCGGGUUUCGAUAUCAACACGCCUGACAACCUUGGGAGGACGUGCCUCCAUGCUGCUGCUUCGGGAGGGAACGUUGAAUGUCUUAAUUUGCUGUUGAGCAGCGGUGCUGACUUGAGGAGGAGAGAUAAAUUUGGAAGGACUCCACUGCACUACGCGGCUGCCAAUGGCAGCUAUCAGUGUACGGUGACGCUGGUCACCACCGGAGCCAGUAUUAACGAGACGGACUGUAAAGGCUGCACUCCCUUACAUUAUGCUGCCGCUUCGGACACGUACCGGAGAGCGGAGACUCAUUCAGGAAACAGCCAUGACACUGACGAGGAGCCACUGAAGGAGUCCAGAGUGAAGGAGGCAUUCUUUUGUUUAGAGUUCUUACUGGAUAACGGUGCGGACGCGUCGCUCCGGGACAAGCAGGGAUACACCGCUGUCCACUAUGCAGCUGCCUACGGCAACAGACAGAACCUCGAGUUGCUCCUGGAAAUGUCUUUUAACUGCCUGGAGGACGUGGAAAGCACCAUCCCAGUCAGCCCUUUGCACUUAGCUGCCUAUAACGGUCACUGUGAAGCCCUAAAGACACUUGCCGAAACCCUCGUGAACCUUGACGUGCGGGACCACAAAGGGCGGACGGCGCUGUACCUUGCCACGGAGAGGGGCUCCACGGAGUGCGUGGAGGUGCUCACCAGCCACGGUGCUUCCGCCCUUGUGAAGGAGAAGAAGAAGAAGUGGACGCCGCUCCAUGCUGCAGCUGCCUACGGGAACACAGAUUCCCUACACCUUCUGAUCGACAACGGGGAGAGGGCGGAUAUCACCGACGUUAUGGACAUCCAUGGCCAAACCCCACUGAUGCUGGCGAUCAUGAACGGCCACGUCGACUGCGUCCAUCUCUUGCUGGAGAAGGGAUCCACAACAGAUGCAGCGGACAGGAGAGGCAGGACUGCGCUGCAUCGAGGGGCGGUGACGGGGUGUGAGGACUGCCUGGGAGCCCUGCUGGACCACGAUGCCUUUGUAUUGUGUCGGGAUUUCAAGGGUCGAACCCCGAUCCAUUUUGCGUCGGCGUGUGGGCAUUCAGAAAUCCUGAGGACCUUGCUGCAGGCAGCGCUCUCUACUGACCCUCUGGACUCCGUGGUCGAUUACAGCGGCUACUCGCCGAUGCACUGGGCUUCGUACAGCGGACAUGAAGAUUGUCUUGAAUUGUUACUUGAACACAAUCCAUUUGUGUACCUGGAAGGAAACCCCUUUACUCCAUUGCACUGUGCUGUAAUUAACAGCCAGGAAGGCACUGCUGAAAUGCUGGUGGAAGCAUUGGGUGCCAAGAUUGUUAAUAGCAGAGAUGCCAAAGGAAGGACACCCCUUCACGCUGCUGCCUUUGCAGACAACAUCCACGGUUUACAGCUGCUGCUGCGUCACCAGGCUGAGGUAGACACAACUGACCAGUUGGGAAGGACCCCUCUCAUGAUGGCUGCUGAGAACGGGCAGACCGCAGCCGUCGAGUUCCUGCUGUAUAGAGCGAAAGCAAAUUUAACUGUGCUGGACGUCAACAAGAACACGGCUCUUCACCUGGCCUGCAGCAAGGGUCAUGAAAAGUGUGCCUUGUUGAUUCUGGGGGAAACCCAAGACCUUGGCCUUAUCAAUGCAACUAACAGUGCUCUGCAGAUGCCGCUCCAUAUUGCAGCUCGGAACGGGCUGGCCUCUGUUGUCCAGGCCUUGCUCAGCAGAGGUGCCACUGUACUUGCUGUGGAUGAAGAAGGUCACACCCCAGCCUUGGCUUGCGCCCCCAACAAGGACGUUGCAGACUGCCUGGCACUUAUCCUCUCCACCAUGAAGCCUUUUCCACCUAAAGACGCCAUCAGCCCUUUCAGCUUCAACCUCCUCAAGAACUGCGGCAUUGCGGCCAAAACAGCGGCCUGCGGGGCCCUGCCCAACGGCAGCACGUGCCCCUACACCAAGGACCGGCACAAUGCUAUCGGCUUAGACGGCUGUUACUCGGAGUAGCUUAAACUAUGGGUAUCUAAUAUCUUCUUCUAUUUAUUUAGAAAUUCUAUAAAUAUAGGGCACUUUAAAGGAGAACAAGACUGGACAGGCCUUCACACAGGGCUUGGCAACCGACAUUAUAGCUUCCUCUUCUGCCUAGGCCCUCACUCGGUUGCCGGCAGCUAAUUGACUUAAUGAGCGGCUGGCAAAGAGCCUUUCCCUUCCCCCCGUUCAGUGCGGGCGAACCCCUCCUGGAGCGACGGCUGGCAAAAGCAGCCCCGUUGCAUUAGCACAGCUGGUCCCGGGCAGGGGCCAGGGAAUGUUUCAGGUUUUCUGAAAAAGGGACUUUCUGAUUUCUAACUUCCUGUUUCUAGAACUAACCUCUCCCCGUUGGGAAGCUCCUUCGGAGGGCAGCCCUGCUUGGUUCUUCUGCAGUGCCCUCCUCCCGUCACCACACCCGCGGGGCCAGGGCUGCCGCUGGGCUUCGUCUCUUGGUGACCGCUGAGCUCUGAGGAGGCAGUGAUCAAACAGCCUUACAGAGCUGCUCGUUGAGAGGCGGCUUCUCCGCCAUUAGGAAUUGGAUUGCCAAUUCCUUUCACCCAGGAGCUGGGAAGAACGUUUGGUCCCUCCCAGCCCUGAGUUUGGAUUGACUUUGGAGCCAGUUUUAUUUCAAAUCCUCCACCUGGAACUUCCCUUCCUGCCUGUCUAACCCUCCGCUUUCUUUUCAGUUCCCCUCCCAUGCCCCCGACUCUGCAGCGUGCCGGCUCUGUUCAUUCCACAAUUGCACAGUCUAACCAGAAAGCGGAAACUUGAACUUGGGGGCGGGAAUUAGACAAGCGAGCGACUGCUGAGUGUUGGGCAUUAGCACCUGGGCAAGUGCCACUGUAACUGCUCCUUCAUCUGAAUUGUUUUGUUUUCGUGCUCAUCCUUUGAUUCCAAUAAGAACACUUGAAUCCCGAACUACUGUACCCAGGACAUUGAGAUAACCGCUGGCAGCUCUCACUCCUUCAUAUGCAAAAACGGGUGCUACUGUCCAUCCGCCGCGGUCUGCUCCGAACCCCACGUUUGCACUGCUGGAAUAUUCCCUCCCCACACCAGGCACUUUAGGGAUUCUAAUUUUUUUCUUCUUUUGGCAAAAUGUUGGAUCCUGAGAGGCGAUUCCUUCUUAAGUUUUGUUCCUCUCCGUAUUGCGCGGCCAUUCCCAUGUGAGAGUCCGUCAGUGUUGCUUUUUAAAAAUUUAUUUAUAACGAAAUGAGCUUUUACCUUUAAAAAAAAAACACAAAAAAAAGUUUUAACCUUUUAAGGAAAAAAUGCACUUCAAAGUCCUUAUUCACAACCCUAAGUCUGUAUUUAUUUUUCUAAUGUGGCAUCUUGGCAGGUUUUAUUAGCGUGUGUGUAUGUGGGAUUGGUGUUUUCAUUUAAGUGUUGUUGGGUUUUUUUUAAUUUUAAAAAUCCUAUUUAUAAUGCAUGUUUUAAACAUUCAAGAAUGUGCACUACUUUUUUUUUAAUUACUGUAACAGUAUCAUGUGCCAAAAAAAAAAAAACCACGAAAAACCUUUCACCAUAUCGCAAGUCUGUUUGAAGCCAAAGACUGGGAUGUAGCGAUCAGAGCGGGUAGACAGGGCAAAAACAUUGGAUGUACGAUCUUUUCCACUGAUUCUCUUUCCUUUUGCAGCCUUGGGGGUGGGAUAACCUCCUGGUUCUCAGACUAUAGUCAGUGACGUGUGCGCGCGCCAAAAGAAAUAUUUUGAGAACCAAGCCUUGGGUUGGGGCUGGGGGGACGUCCAGGAAGGGAUCUCUCUCCUUUUCAUUCAGCAGAGCAUCGGCGCUAGUCACUUUCUCUUCUUGGUCAGUAAGACUGUUACAGGAAAUGGGCGAGCCAUAAGUUUUGGCUGUCCUGCCUAAGUUACAUCUAUUACAAAAAUCAGCAUUUUUUGGAUCAAAAUAGAGUAUUGGUAAAUGAAGGUGAAUUCCGAUUUUCUUUUUGUUUUUUUGGCCAGACAUUUACGUUACGUGAAAUGGGCAUUGCAACGAAUUGCUGUUUCCCGCAGGCAAUGACAGACCGCACCCUUUCCAAAAGAGCGCCAAAUAGGGAGCGGAGAGACAGGAUGCUGGCCGUAGCUAGCAUGCUGGCAGCCGGCAAAGAGAGGUGCUUUAUCCGGGCAGGAGUAGAGUCUGGAAUAGCGAGCAGCUCCUGUUGCACUGUUAGUUUCUUUUACCAAAGUUUAACUCUUAGAACCAAAUGUGAAGUUACAGUCUUGGCCUUUGGGUGGUCAGCGCAUCUUCUUUUCAUUUCACGGAAGGGUUUCAUCCGGAGAGUAGCAAAGACUUGGGUGGCAUUUCUGUUUGUUUUUCCUCUUGAAAGUCGUCGUCUUUAUCCUCACUGCACCAGCUGAGCUUGGUCUCCCUUAGCGUUACCAUCUGACACUGCAGCUCAGCAAAACCCUUGAAACACGGACUGCCGAGGGAACGCUCUGUGUGUAGAAAACAGCCAGUUCUAGUCUUCAGAGAGGGCCUAAAAUCCCCAGAUAGGGAAGGAAGAAAAGGCAGAGAGCCAGCCUGUUUCCCUCAAUGCACGUCAAUAAAAUCCUUGCUGGUGUCUCUGAUAGUCUAGGAAUCCAAUGCGCAAAAGCAGAGUGAGGAUUUCUCUCCACCCACUGGAUGCUGGCCCAUUCUGUGAGGCAUAAACAACUUGGGUUUUAGGCCACUGUAUAAGAUGUUCUUGGCCAAGUAGCCUCGUGGCCUGUUUGAACCAGUCCUUCCUUCCCCUUCUGAACCGUGUUCCAAAAGGCUCAGUUCUUAGGUACGUUGCAGCAAGAUCAAUUCUCUCCUCGCCUCCACCCUCAGCACUAAAGUUCUCUACCUUGAUAGCAAGUGUUACCUUUCUACACCGAAUACCUCAGUUCGGCAUCAAACCACACAAAACUUGAAUGAAAGAUCCUCUUGGAAGAUCGUUUUCAGUAUUCUGCAGAGGGAGAACUGGAAAAAAAAAACGACUUGUUUACAUUAUUGUUGAGUUCGGGUACUUACCUCUUGCAACGCUUUCUCUUUUCAUUUUUAAAAUACUGAAUUCAGGCACUGCCUAUUUCUCAGCCUUCAAAUAAGCCCCUGUAACAUUUCCUGUAACGGGGGGCAGGAAUAUGGGUCCAAAGUCAAGAUUUGUCCCUCCUACCUGCCCCCCCCCCAGGGCAAAUGUCUUUCUCUUGCUGCGCAGCGGGACUGAGCAUUCAGAAGUGUACGAGAGCACUACACUGAGAAAGCUGUGCAGAUCUGGAAGCCCUGGCUUCCCUUAUCUUUGUCCUUUUCCUGGGGGUUUGAAGGAACAGUGACAGAAUUGCUGGGGUGAGUCACAGAGACCUGGCACAUUUAGGGCUCAGUAGUUUUGAGUGAAAUCCUUGCCCCGUUGAAGUAAAUGGCCAAGUUCCUGUUGACUCCAAGGCUCGGGUUUCACCCUUGUGUGCGCAUGUACAGCAGAGGGCAAGACGCACAUACGUGCAGCGCUGAGAUAAUUUUAAUGCCAUCUUGCUUUAAUUUUAAUUAAAUAUCACAGGGGGAGGAUUUCAAAAUCAUUUCAAACAAGGGCAGCCAUUUUCCCCUCUUCAGGGCAAGGGAGUAUCUUAGCCUAGUGUUUGGAGCGUGGGUUUUUUUUUUAGUGUAGUGGCAUUAAGCUUUUUUUUUUUUUUAAGAGGAAAAAAUUGGCCUUUGGUUUGCCUUGUUUUCAUGCUGUAACACGUUACCUCUUCACUUGACAUGAUAAAGACUAAACUCUGACAAGACAAUCAAUGUGAUCUCUCUAAGGGCUUCAGCAUGUCUUCUCUCCGCUGCAUCGUACUUUUUAAUUUAAUUUAAUUUGCUCUUAGUACGUUUUUGGGGAUUAUUUUUACUCCUCCCCUUGUCUUUUUAAAAAAAUAAUAAUAAUGAUACCGGAGCGGAAAACCAUUCCAGCAGUGCAUCCGUGGUUUGGGCUUUGGGGGAGGGGGGGGGGUGGAAGGGUGGGUUUGGGGAAAGGGGGGAAAUUGGCCGUUUCUACCGCAGGCGCCAGUCUUGUUCUCCUUUAACGCUGUAAUGUAUACAUUUGACAGCACAGCUUGACAAUUUAAGUAAUAAUCAAAGUGUUUGGUAAUAAUGCAUUAUUUUGCUAAACGAGAUUUGUGAUGGUUUCCCUAGUGCAUUGUAAAGAGGGUCGGAGGGAAACUUCCGCUCGUCCCCCCCAAUCCUCCAACUUUGUGUCUCUUGACACCUCAUUUGCAUCGGCAUAAGAACGUUAAGUGUUUUGUGUGUGGCGGUGGGGGGGGGCCUUAUCUAAAACUUCCUCUACACAGACCUUUAUGCCAAAGUCAAACCAUUCCUGCUUAUCGUUCUGUUAGGCUCUGUGCAUAGAUUUGGCGUAGAGUGAACCUUUUCAGCUCCCACCAGUGCCACUUCAUUGUUAAAAACUAACCAGGUGUGGGAUUGCCCCCGCCCCUCCCAGAAAAGGAAGUUUCUCUCCAUGCCCUCGCUUCACAGCACUUGCUUCAAGCACUUUUGUUAAAACCUGAGAGUCUGGUUUCUCUUUAGUGACCCACGGGAUAGAGAGCAGCGGGGAGGGCGGGAGGGAGGGACGAGAGAUGAGUGUCUGGGGGAUUAUAUUUUAGUGUUGAAAGUUUCCGUUUCUAGGGAAUGAAUGAACAAAGGGAAGUUGACGUUUAAAAAAAAAAAAACAAGCACAAAUGCAUUUCAACUCAAAAGAUGUAUUUGCACUGCCAUUGUUAGACACGCUGCCAGACAGGCAGUUCAACUGAGCCAUAUAACUGCUGACAAACACUGAAUGUAAUGUCCUUGACCAGGGCAGUCCUGGGAAGCUAGGAAUUGGCUUUAUUCUCGAUGGGCACUUCCAUGAAUUCAAAAAUAACCUGAGGAUGAUGAUACCAUCGUCACUUUUGUUUUGGUUCCCAAGUCACAGCAGAUUAGAGGCUUCUCUGGAUUUUGUUUUCUCCCCCUUGUCCUACAAGGACAAGUGGGUGGUCGGUCCCAGAUCUGCACAUCCCAGCCGCUGAGAUCGGAAGAUAGUCAAAUAGCACUAAGAACAGAAACACGGCUCCAAAGGGGAACAAGUAAGCUUUAUUUCCCAGGGCGUUCCCAGCGCUUACGUGACUUCUGUCCGGACAACGGACCUUUGUUGUUUUUCUGAGCGUAUCAGAUUAUAAGUAUUAGUAAAACAAAAAUAAAAAUCAACCAUCUUUUUUUUUUUGGUUAGGUGGGAGCAGCAGGGGUGGGGAACAGCAUUGAGAUCUCCACAAUCUCUUGUCCCACCCCAUACAAAAAAAAUAAAAUAAAAAGGAUCAACUUCCAUCUCAAGAUUUCCUCUUGCACUUCAACCCUAAUUAGGAGGAGUGUUUCCUCCUCACCAAAAGGCUCCAUGCCACAGGGACCAGAAAGGGGGCGCGGAAUUUGUGUGAUCCCCCCCCCACGCCCCCAGUUGUGAAUGUCAAAGGUCUUUUCUGUCCCCUUCACACUGUAAGCUGUGCUCUCACCUUUGCCUUCAAUAAGAAACCAAAGGAAAAACCCAACCCUCCAUUUGAGAUCACGGGCGUGAAAACGUGGACCGUUUGGGUUCGGGGCUUUGCGGCUGCAAAAAGCCGUUUGAACCUCUUCUCCUGGCUGGGGGUGUAUUGAAAAUCUGAAACCGCCAGCCGGAGAGUAAAAACUGGACACGUGUUUUUUUUGUUUUUUUGGGGGGUGGGGCGGGGGGAGAGGGGGGAAUGAUGUGAAACUUUUCAUCUGAAGCAAGAGGGGGAGACAACCAGGAGGAAAGGAACUCUUUGAAAUUUAGAGGAUGGCUCCAUUUGGAUCAUGAAUAUUUAGUCAGACUUAAAGUCCUUAAAGAUACAAUGUGAAACAAAGCAACUAGAAUCCGAAGGGGGCGGGCGGGUUGGGGGAAUACACCUUUAAGGACUUUUAAGGCACCUGUAGCAAGCUCAGUGUCUUUACAAAAUCCUGUUUGUAAAUGCUGCACCUCUGUAUAUUAUGCACAUAAAGCAUUUCUUUGACUAAGAUAGCUCAGACCUCAUCACCAGUCAGGUAUAAACAACUCUUCCUCGUGUGGGUCUUGGUUUUCCAGCGCAUGUGUGUGUGUGCGGGCGCGUGGGCGUCUUUUUCAGUUCACUUCCGAUGCAAAGGAGAAAGGGGGGAGGAAAAUAGCCUUACUAAAUCCAAUCUUAACUAUUGUUCAUCAGCUUGAAACGAAUAAAGCAAAUGCAUGGAGACCUGCCUCAGGGGGCACAGUGGGUUUAAGAAUCAGUAUGCAAUUUCACCUGUGCUGGGCAUUUAGAAAGCACUUGAUCAGAACCAAACUGUAACGCUCUCUCUGUUAUAUGGGCAAAGACAGGAGCAGGAGGAACUGUUUUAAGGCUGCCCUGCCAAUCUGUGCUCUCAAAGAGCAGAGGACACAACUAGUUCUUCACAGAUAGAUCCAAAUUGCAGUUUCUGCGGUGCUCCGCACUCGGUCUCUGUGGGGCUACGGUGUUUCUGGGAUCCCUGUUCGGUGGGUGGGGGGGCUUUCCUGGCACCUUGCCUGCGUAGGCCGUCUGUGUGUGGUUAGCGAGGGUUGGCAGAGGCCCGGUACUCGUCCAGAGACUGUAAAGGGGUGGGCUGUCGCGUGUCUUGUCUUCUCGUGCCCAGGGCCCCUUUCUCUUCCUGUGAGGUGCUACAUGACUAUUCUAGCGCAAGGAUGAAAUCUCUGGCAGGGGUUUAUUGAGCCAAGGUAGCAAAAAUUCUGCCAAGAGAGUGAAGCUGCUUAAAGUGGGAGAGAACAAGAGGUUUCUUGGGCUGCUUGCAAAGGAGAGGUACCUUUAAAUCCAGUUUACCUUCCCAGGCAAAGAUGUCUCCUCUCCCCUUCCCAAGAGAGUGGCUGUUGUGUUCUGCUGCCUUUGCUCCUGGGACACAGACCCUUCAGAGGAGAGGUCCAGGCGGCCAGGAAAGUAAGCCAGAUGGGGUGUCGAGAGCAGAUAUUCCUUAGGAGCUGGGUUGAACGUCUCCCUUAGAACGGAAUGGGGCCAGAAACCACCCCAGCCCUUCUCUGGCUCUUGCACUGUGGGACCCGACCAUUUUUCUCUCUUCCAUUGAAAGUUGCAGAGGGGAAACAGCUGCAUCUCCUGGGUGCCGGGGGGGUUCUCAGGCACCAUCCCCAGCCGUGCCAUCCCUGGCUCCAUUUCUUUGCCACACGGAGUCUCUGGAUACACCACUGGCUUUUGGAUUUUCAAGCCCUGUCACUGGGGCAACAUGCUGGAGAAAACUCCCACGUAACCCCCACACCCAUCUCUCCCUCUCACCAGAGGCACGACCCACAGCAGUGGAGAAGGGAGUUAGCCACGGGCCCCAAACCACUGUAGAAGUUUUGGUAGUUUUGCCUUUUGCGUCCUGUGUCUGAAUUUGCACUACUGUGAAAUCCGGCUUGUUCGGGAGAAGAGAAGCGUCCCAUAAAAGCAAUACGUGAGCUACGGUGAUGCACGCAAGGAACGUUAGGAGAUGACCAAAAACAAUAAAUCAACACGGCCAGUUCUUCAGUUUGAGCAUCCCUCUGGGGUGACACUGGGAGCCUUAGCCAAUAUUCGGGGGGGGGGGGUCUGGGUACCUUGGAACUGCCCCUCACCCGGUCCCCACGCGAGCAUUGCGGUUCUGGUGGGCAAGAGAGCAUUUUCAUGGAACCGGAUUUCUGCUUCGAAAUCUGUCUUGAUUUCAAAAAGGCUUUUUCUUGUUGAUCUACUUGAAGGUACUAACCAAAACGGCUGCUGUUUUCAUUUUUAGUUUUUUGCUGGGGGCGGGGGGGGUGAGUGUUUGGAAGUUGCUUGGAACUGUCAAUUCCCUGGGGGUGUGGACCGGGGGGGUGGGGGGGGAGUCGGCUUUUUGCGGAGAACCAUGGCCCGAAGCGCAGCAGGCCCCAAAUAGGGGCCUGCCGGCAUUUGAAUCUGCCGACUUGCCCCCUCCUUGUUCUGUAGGAUUCUCCCUCGCAUCCCUCUCAUUGUUUCUUUCUGCAGUUCAGAGGCAGCAGACGACGUUAAGCCGCUAGCCCCGGCUUGCCACAAGGGGCUUUUCUUAAAACCGCGUCAGGCAGCCCGACCGCUCCAGGGAUCUAGAAACUGCAAAACCUUUUUGCCACCAUAUGCCUUGCAGCACGGGCGAGAGUAGGGAACAACCAGGUCGGUCUUCGUUCAAUAGAGGGGACAAAACCAGUCUCGGGCCCCCAUAGUCCACUGUAGAUUUCAAAUAAAUAGAGGAGGGUGGUAAAGGGGGCAGGGAUGGUAAAGGGGGUAGACGUGGAGGGAAGCCCUUCCCCUCCGUGGAGGUGGAAGGAUUUGGAGGGUAUAUGGAAAAAUGAAGAGUGGAAAUCUACAAUGAUUUUCCUUCUCUUUUAGCCUCCCACAAACAAAAGCAGGCACCAAAGAUAGACCAAAAACCCCACCUGGAUUUAAAAGGGUUUCUGGCAGGUUGGGUUGAAUAGUGGGAUCCUCACACACACACACACACACACACACACACACGAGAUCGAAGGAACAGAUUUUGCAGCCUGAUCAGAGUUCACCCCUUUGGGGUCCUAGCAUUGCCUCUCAGCUCCCCCGAGUCGUUGGCUUGAGGAAACAGGGCUCUUUAACAUUGGGGAUUUGGGGUGCUUUGCUAAGAGAUCGGCAGCACCGCUGGCUUUGCGACAUGAUUGCAUCUGAAUUUAGAUGCUGCAAAAAACCAAAACCAACCUACAGCCUUGGGAUGCCUAUGAGGGGCAAAUGUCGCUGAGAAGGUCCGUAGCCCCCAACCCGAAGGGGCCCUUCUCCCCCACACUGCUUUUGGGGGGCAGAGGGGCUGCAGUAGUAUGUGGGCUGUAGUCGUGCCGUGCUUUCAGGACACGCUGCUUUGCCAUCCAAGGCGGUGCAUCGAGUCAAACCUGGGCAGUGAAACCCAGAGCAGCCCUGCAUUAAGUGGCCAAGCCAAUGAGUGCUUGGCAGUUUUGCCACCUUAUUCAGUGCAGCAUUGGCAGCUCGCACCAGAACGCAGGGCCGUCGCUGCCAUCGGCGAGCCACCGUGUGCAGAUGGGCUUACCUGGAGCAUAGCGCGUCAGGUGUCUGUAGCGGCUUGUUGGAGUCCCUCACUAGAAUCGUCGUAUCGUGUAAAUACAGGAUUGAAAAUUGCACUGAAAAUAGCUACGUGCCAGCUUCUGUCUCCCCUCCUCUGACAAUGUUUUUGAUUUGGGUUUGGAUUUUUUCUUUUUUUGUCUGUAUCCUCCUCCCUUAAAACCAAAAAUUAAAAGGCUCCUCUGUCCGGGAAGGAUGUCAAGUGCUGUCUCUGUCCUGCAUCAGCUUAGCUUCCCGCUCUGUCGGAUCAGCACCUUCUCCAUCCCCCCUCCACUCAGCAUGCUAGGGAAACUUCUGCUUGCCAGAUCUGUUCUGGAGUUUAGGCUUUGUCUCAUCCCUACAGAUUUGUCAAGUUUCUAUUUUAUUUUUGGCCUUAGGGCUCCCACAGCUUUCUCCUGCUUCCUUCUUUAAGGAGGUAUUUCAAAAUCAAAGACGAAAGCCAGCAAUAUGUAGCAGGAAUCUUGAUUCCUGCUGGGCUGCAUGCUCUCUUAGAGACGUCUGUACCUAACAAUACCCAUGCCACUAAAUUCCUCUCUCAAAAAGACCUGCUUAGCAAAUAGAUGGGAGAGGUGUCCACAUUGGAUCGACCCAGUGUUCAGAGGGGCAGCACCCACUUCAAAAGCAUGCUUCUGUCUUUAAACCGCUUUCUUUACUUGCUUUGUUACCGAGCGUUUCACCCUCUGCCGAACAUCAGUAGGAGGUCUUUGUGCUGCUUAAGUCAAUUUCACCCAUGAUGAGUAUAAGGCAGAUCAGAAGAAGAAUAUAUUUCUCUCUUUGGUUCCGGUCAGUUUCUUCUGUUUGUGCGGAGGAGAGAAAAGUAUUCUUUAAAGAGAGAAAAUAUGGUGGUCAAACCACAAAACCUGCCAGGGGAGCUCAGGGGCAGCUGUGGGACAUGAAACUACUUGACAUUUUUGGUUUAAAAUUGACUAGAUUUGUAGUCCGCACUGUCCCUUCAAACGCUUCUUGUUAACGGUACCGUUUCCCUGAUAUGCCUGCAGUUAAGGGGAUUCUGUCAGAGAAUCAUGCUGCUGUGAGUUACCUCCGGCAAGAUUAACACCACUCUGCAAAACAGUUCCUGUAAACUUGCCUGGGAAACCUCGAACACGGCUAGCAUUGGUUUUGACACCAGGCUUCGUUGUGUGACUGGGGAAAGGGCAGAGAGUUGAGUGGUGUUUUUUGUUUACAAGGCUCCAACUUUGCUAUUUAGCAAGAGAAACCGAAUGCCCUGGAUUCUCCAAUCUAUCUGCUGGAAGAUUGGAAUCUUGCCCCAUGCACAUCUUGCCAGUAACUUGCUUAGAUAUAAAGUAAGAUUCCAAAUCAAAGCACUUUCAGGACCUCUCUUUAAUUCAGGCGGUUAGUUCUUCAUUGUCCUUUUCUUUCUUGUGCACCUGUGUGGAGAGGAGAGUUGUAAAGUUUACGCUCAUUGUCUGUCUGCUUAGGAAAAAUGAAUUACACCCCGUCUCCCAUUGGGUUUGUUGAUCUCUAGCGACCUACCUUCAGAAUUUCUGCUUUUGGACCAGUUCCGUCUUGACAAUCUCUGUGUAUUUCUCUGUCCCGUCUCUCCCCCAACCCAAAAAUCUUGCCUUGUAGUGUCAGUAUUGGUUAAAUGACCCUCCGGCCAGCCCCUUUCCCUGCUCUGCACCGUAGCUGCUCUGUUGCAGGCCUGUUAGGAACUGGAUUUUUAAGGAAUUCUCCAAGCUUGGUUGCAGUAGUUACUCCUGAAAACAGGAGAGGAGAUGGGGAGGGGGAGGAGGAGAAAUGGGAGUAACUUUAUUUCCUUAUGUUCUGUUUGUCACAGAUGUGCCAAACUGGGGCGGGAGGGGGCAGUCUGCCCCGACUGUCGCCUCCAACGUCUCUCUCGCUAAAGCAAUAGCCGUCGGCUGAAUCUUGCAGGUUCUUCGCUCCGCGCGCUACUUGGGGCAGCAGUAGGGGAUUCACAAAAGUUCUCUCUGAAAGUGCAGGUGCUGGCUGGGAAUUUGGGUGGAGAGGAAGACGGGCUGGGAAGGAAGCCCCUGCCUGUUGGAAUUGCCGUCAGAACGGUAACGUUCGCUGUAGAACUCAGAUAAUUUCAGUCCCAAUUCACUGAGCCUUCGCUGCUGGAGUCCACUGUCUCUUAUCCCCUUCAGGGCGCGCUGAAACCCUCUAGUUUGCACUUGUAUUGGUGCGUCCAAGAUCAAUACAAUACACAUCGCUCUCCGGACAUCCCCCGACAAUACCCGUGUGGUGUGUGACAGCAUGUACCGUGGUUAGGUGUGUUCUUUAUGUCCUGUAACAAACGCGUCUUGUGCGUCUGUUUCCUAGAACGUGCUGUGUGGUGUGAGAUGCAUGACGUGUGAUGCUGCCUAUCCAUCGCCCGGGGGGGGGGGUGGAUCUCCUGCCCUCCCCAGGCCCCUCUCUCUCUGCCGACACACCUCACGCCCUAGAGCAGAAACGCGGCAUGUGGUUUUGACUUGAAACUCCCUGGAACCAUUUCUCAUUCCUCUCCCCUACCCCGGCAGUUGUUGUCCGUGGAUGUUUAGACCCGCGCUCAGUGAGUUUCUAGUCAAUACAAUUUGAUUAAUAUGGGCAGCAGGGGGAUUUUUUCCCCCCAAACUUUGCCCACAGGCAGCGUCGGCAUGAGCUGAUAGCCACCGUGGUUGCCUUUAACACGAGAGGUGCAUCCUGCGUCGACCGAUUUUCUGCCUUUAGGGCUCAGUGUAACAUGGAGGAUGGUACUUUUAACACAUCCUGGCUUGGAUUGGCUUAGUGCAGCUGGGAGAGAACUCAUCCUUAUACCCCUUGACUUCCUUUGCCUCUGCUCCUGUCCUGGCCCCAAGUCAGCAAGUCGCGCUCCCGGGCAGCGGGUUGGUAGCUGGUUCGCCGACUGGUGAUCUUUCGGCCUGUUUGAAGAUCCGUGUUCCAGACCCAUGGUGGUUCUGGUCUUCAGGGAGCAAAUUCACCUCGAGGGCGAGUGGCGGAUCCAGCCCCCAGCGGGGACAAAGACGGCGCUGACUGAAAUGGACUUGCUGCCGCCUUGACCCAUAAGUGCUGCGUGCGGGAGACGAGGUGCCAGGGGGUCCCGCGGCGUGUGCGGAUGAGGCAGAAGCAGGCGUCUCAGCCCAGGUCGGUAGAUCGGUGUGGCUUUGUGGUGUUGCAGAGGACGCUGGGCCCAGCAGCGUCACACGGGCUCGUUGCCUUUACAGGCAGGGGGGUGUCACCUCAGACGCUAAGUUCCCCUCUGCGGUCUGAAGGAGGCCCGGGAAGCCAACACCCAUGGGACCUAUAGGCAAUAGACUGAAAGCAGCCUGUGAUUUCUAGCACCCGUUUCGUGGCUUGUUGGCUGCCGUGGGGUUUGCGGGGGCUCAGCGCCCAGGCUUUGGGGCGUUUUCCUGGCUUCUUUCACACUGGUGUUCCUGUGGUUUCCAUUUCUGGCUGCACAGAUGCCAGAGCGCUGGGCUGGCCCAGCUGGAAGAUCCAUUUGGGGAGCUCUAAGGAGAGGGUUAGUCAUUGUGCGGGGGGGCUUACAGAUCCCCCCCCCCGAGGAGUUAGCUCCCUACCUGGCCCCCAGAAGCUGGUGCGGCCUGAGGGCGUGCACUUUAACCAGGUGUCCCCAGCGUGCGUGAGCUUAGGGCAGACGCUUGGAUGUAUUUCUCUCCCCCCUCCCCCAGCAUGUUCCAUUCAGUCAGGUCCAUUUGGGACCUGACUGAACUGGAUUGGCACUAGAAGUUAGCAAGUGGGGACCCGCUCGGUCACUGCGAAGGGGUUGGGGCGUGUGGCGGGGAGGUGGCUGCAUCGUGUGUGAAUUUUAUGUCAUCGGGGGGGGACCCACGUUGGGUGUUGUGUAUUUGAGAUGGUUGGAAAUACAAAAAAGCUGUUUAAUUUUAGACUUCACUGCACUGUUCACACCUACCUCUUGCAAUAAACAGAAUGGCUCACGGA